AUGGCGUCCAAAGUUGUUUUUCCAAAGGAAGAACCCUACAGGCCUCCUGGGUGGGAACCUGAAGAGCCUGCUAAGAGUAAAUUCUUUCGAAAGAUGAGAGAGCAACCACUUGUACCGCUUGGCUCCCUUCUGACUUGCGGCGCCCUAGUCAUUGCCUCUCAUCAACUACGCGUUGGCAACCGCAAAGCUUUCAAUCGAGCUCUUCGCUGGCGAAUCUACUUUCAAGGUCUUACAGCUAUAGCUGCCGUAGGAGGAGUCUACUACUAUGGUCUAGCCAAACCUGCCAUUCCUCCUGAAACUCCUCUCCUAGGACCUGAUGGACAACCACUCGACCCUACAGCUGCCGCUGCUGCCGCCGCCGCCUCCAGUCCGUAUUCCAACGUGGCUACGAUUCCUGGACGACCACCGACGAAUCUUCAAGUGAACAAGCAAGGAGAUCGAGAAGCUCAGAGUAGGCGGGAGUGGGAGGAGAGGAUGAGGGAGGCACAAAAGAGGGAAGCAGAGGCGGAGGAUCAGAGGAGAUUGGAAGCGGCUUUACUCAAGGGGACUGGAGUUGCUCCUCAGAAUGGAGAGAUGGGAGAGGAGAGGAGGAAGAGACCGACGAUUGGAAAGGAUAGGAGGACAAGAGGGGAAGAGUAG